AUGUAUGGGAGCCGUGACGUUCCGAGGAGGACAACCCAGAGCUGGGCCGACUCCAAUCUGUCAACGAGGAGAAACUCAAUGGCCUCUCACCGAUCACCCGAAUACCCCCAGAUGGAUCGAGCGACGAGGAUAUACGAAAUGUACGAAAACAUGCCCGACAAGGAAAAGGGGGGAGCCGGCUUUGAGAUGGCGACACCGGUGCACGAAUCCCAGAAAGACGUGCACGGCAGCCAUGGGAAUUCCGAAAUCGACAUCUACGACGCCAAUCGGCCGAAGCUCGGCUUCAAGCAGCGUCUGCACCACUUCACCUGGGCCUGGUACACGUUUCCCAUGAGCACCGGCGGCCUGUCCCUGCUCAUCUUUGCGCAGCCGAAUCAGUUCCCCGGCCUCCGGUCGAUCGGCCUCGCCGUCUACAUCAUCAACAUCAUCAUCUUCGCCACCAUCACGAGCUUGAUGCUCUUCCGCUUCCUCAUCCACCCCGGCGACAUGUCGGCUUCGCUCAAGCACCCGCGAGAGGGUUUCUUCUUCCCCACCUUCUUCCUGUCCGUCGCAACGCUCAUCACGAGCACCGAUCGGUACGCCAUACCGGAAAACGACACGGCCCUGAUCUGGGCCAUCCAAGGGUCCUUCUGGGCCUACGUCAUCGUCACACUGCUGCUCGCCGUCGGCCAGUACAGCUUCGUCUUCGCCGCCCACAGCUUCGGCCUGCAGACGAUGAUGCCGACCUGGAUCUUGCCCAUCUUCCCCAUCAUGCUCUCGGGCACCAUUGCUUCCGUCAUCGCCGACACGCAGCCGGCGGUCGCGGCCGUGCCCAUCAUCGUCGCCGGUCUCACCUGUCAGGGCUUGGGCAUCUCUGUCGCCAUGAUGAUGUACGCUCACAUGGUCGGACGGCUCAUGCAGGCCGGUCUCCCCAACCGCGAGCACCGGCCGGGACUCUUCAUGUGCGUCGGGCCCCCGUCCUUCACCGCGCUCGCCGUCAUUGGCAUGGCCAACGGCCUGCCGGCGAGUCUCGAUCCGGACAAGGACGGCCGAUUCUUCGACGUCGGCCUCAUCCGGACCAUGGCCAUCAUCGCUGCCGUCUUCCUCUGGGCUCUCAGCUUUUGGUGGUUCGGCAUCGGCGUCGUCGCCGUCCUCCAGUCUCGCCCCAAGUACUUUCACCUCGGCUGGUGGGCCAUGGUCUUUCCCAACACGGGCUUCGUCUUGGCCACCAUCGCCAUCGGCAAGCAAUUGGGCAACUCCACCGUCCUGUGGGUCACGACGGGUAUGAGCAUCCUUCUGCUCUCCAUGUACGUUUUCGUGCUCUACAGCAUGGUCCGAGCCGUCAUCUCGCAGGACAUAAUGUAUCCGGGACGGGACGAGGACGUCGAGGACCAUUGA